AUGAAAAAAUCUCUUGAGAUUAGUCUAAUCAAAACAGAAGGAUUUUCUGAACUAAUUGAAAACUUAGUUAGCUAAUUAGUUAAAAAUUAAGAUGGCCAUAAGCAGUUAUCCACUAGUAUUGACCUGCUUGGCUCUAAAGGCAGUCUCCAGGGACAUCAGAAAAAAGAAGGCUGCCAUUUCGGAUUUCUGACAUGAACCACCUUUCCAAGGAUUAGCUCCUUAGGGAGGAGCCGCCUUCUAAACGAUUCCCCAAUGAUUCCAGCAAGCAGAGAUAAUUUAUUAGACAAAACCUGUCUAGCCUAUCUGGCAUGCACAGGAAAACCCUCAGGGUGAAACAAAACUCUCUCUUUCGGCAAGAUUUUCCCAGAACCCUAGACCUACCUUAAAAGUGACAGAGGCACUAUUUUCAGCUAUAUUGGGAUAGGCUCUAUCUGCUCUAUAGGGAGUGAGCCUUGCAGUCCUUCUGCCAACAUCACAAUUUUAUUUCUUUCGAAAACUUAGGCUGCUACAUUACAAUUGAUGACAGAUUGCACGAAGUCGUGACUCCCUUGCAUGUUGAAAACUGUGAAAACAGUACAAUUGAAAUCCCAUCCUUUGGAAUAAUCCGCUUUAUAAUCAAAGGUGUGGGCCAUGAAAAAGCAGAAGGCAGCGUUUCAAUGGGCAUUUCAGUUCUUCCUCAAGAAGGAACUCUCUGACUCCCCUUAUAUGACAGUAUAAGCGAGGACUAUAUCACAAUGAUUCCUACCCAAACUCAAACCCCAAGGCUGUUAAUUUCAAUGAAUCAGUUUACCUUUUUAACUCCAGUCCCAGACGUCACUGAAUGUGACCAAAGCUCUUUCCUUGAUCACGAUUUUUCCCGCUUUUCCUGCAGGCUUAACUUAGAUCAUUAUAGAGCAGUUCCCGGCCAGCCAUUUCUAUUUUCACCCUUUGUUCGCUUCACCCUCUUGCUUGCUGGUCCGAUUGCACGGCCUGAGGGAAUGUGCUGCUUGCUCUGGACAAGGGCUUGCACUCGAGAGUAAGGGUACUGGCCACCAUGCAAGGUUGCCCUAUCCGACAAUUCGAAUAAUUAAUUUUCUGGGCAGACAAUAAGCCAGAAUGAACUUGUAGCCAAAGCACAGCUGCUGGCAUCCACUGAAAAAUUGCCCGAUUGGCCAAGCGAACGUCCUCUGGCCCUUGCUAGGCUAUCCCAUCAACUUACAAGUUCCAUUAUCCCCCGAGGUAAAACCUCAUCCUUGAUGUGAGUUUGUAUUGGUCAGCCCGACAUUGUGCUCCAACAGACCACCCGCCCCUAAACUCUCACCAGACUCUACUCUCCCUUCCAUAAAGUCCCCAACUCAGUCUGGCUACAGUUAUUAAUAGGGCAGGUGGUUUGCCACGCCACUUUUAAGUUACUUUUCCUUCAGGCAGUCCCAAGAGCCUACCAACAAAUUUUUAAUGGAAAAUAAUAAAUCAUUGCGUGCAAAGAUAUUAGAGUUAGAAACCAAGCUUCAAGAAGAAUUCGCAGAUAAAAUCAAAGACAGUGUAGAGCUGACUAAUGAUAACAUAACCUUCCAGGUAGAAAGCUUAAAAUCACAAUAUAACCAACUUUUAGAAGUGAAAAAUGAUAUCGAAAAGCAGGCAAGGUCCUUUGAAACUUUAUAUAAAGAAGAAAAAUACCAAAGAGAGCAUUUAGAAAAGCAGGUAAAUAAGCUGGCACAAGAGUUCGAAGUAUAUGUUGACACUAUUGGGAAAAAAGAAAAAAGCAUGCUCAAUGAGCUAGAAAAUAAAGAAAAAGAGAUUGGAGAAAUGACACAAAAAAUUUCUGAACUGAGCAUGAGGCUGAAAAACGCUGAACAUGAAAAAGAAGAGCUCAAAGAAAAACUUGAAAUUUCGAGCUGCAAGGACUCUGCAAACAAGCUACAAGAACGGCUCCAUCAAGUCCUAGAACUAUUUGAGGAGUCUGAGUUCCAACGUAAACUUCUCCAAGAGAAGCUUGAACAAGCUUCUUCUCAAAAUGAAGAGCAGCUCAAAAAUUUCACUGAAAAACUCUCAUCCUCCACCAAGUACCUAGAAAAUGAAAUUUCCAGGCUAAACAGUGACUUAAGAGACUCCCACAAGAAAAUUGCAGAAACUGAAAAUACCCUAGAAGAAAGAGAAAAUGAGUAUUCUGUCAAGCUGCAAGCCAGCAAAGUUGAAUCCCUCCAGCUAAAAGAGACUUCUUUUAAGCUUGAAGAAAAAGAAAAAGAAAAUAAAGAGCUCAAAAUCCAGCUCACAACUUUUUCCAACAAAUUGCGGCAAAGCUAUGACGAUAUUGGCCAGCAAGCAGAACAAAUAAAAAUUUUGACUGAUAGAUUAGCCACGACUAAAAAGAAAAACUAUGAACAAUUCCAGCAGAUCAAGCUCAAAGAAAGUAAGUCACGGGAUACCACACCUAGAGAUUCUUCCUUGUCUAAGUCUAAACUUCUGUCUGAAAAUGCUGAUGAAAGAUUUAUUGAGUAUUUAAAAAACUAUGGCGUAGAAAACCAGUUCAAUAAAGUUGCUGAAGGGGUUUAUGGGUUCGGAGGGAAUAAGAAAGUAAGCGUUUCUAUUAAAAAUGGGUCCUUGGUUUGCAGAGUAGGAGGAGGGUAUAUGAUGAUUGACCAGUUUUUAAGACUGUUUAUUACUCAGGAAAGGAGAGGUGAAGAUGAAGAUUCGCAUAAGCUGCUUGGCGCUUUAAUUUCUCCUAGAGAUAGGAUAUUUUCACCAAAUACAUUUGUGCAUAAGAGGUCAAAUACGUUCUCGCUGUAUAGUGAAUCCCCAAGAAGAUCUAGAAAACAGCUUGAGGAAGAAGGAGAAAUCUUGAAUGAGGAAAAUGAUUUUGUGUACCAGGAUACAGAUAAAAGUGAUUUAAAGACGGAUAGAACACAAGGAUCGCAGGUGCUAAAGGAAAACUAUGAUAAUCUUAACACACCUUCACCAGUAAGACUGAAGAUCCCAAAAACUACUGAAAAGCUUGCAAAAAGGACAGUAAUUCCAACUAUACCAAUAAAUAAAGAGAAGGUCAUCACUCCAUUGAGCAAGAGUCUGCAAUCUAGCUUUUCUAUUUGAUAAAGAGCAAAGCCUAUCAGAAUUUUUACUUAAUACAUAGAAGAUUCUAAGGUAA